AUGCACCAUGUUCAAGGAAAGAAUAAUUUUUCACGAUUGGCAGACAUUUCAGAAAUGAACAUGAACAGCACGAAAGACGAGAACAACGUAAACAAUGCGAAUAACACGAACAAUACAAACAAUACGAACAAUAUAUACAAGAUAGUAAAACCUUUAACUUCAGAGAAAUUAAAAAAGUUUGAAAAGGAACAGAAUAAAACGGGAUUAGUUUAUUUAUCAAGAAUUCCACCUUUUAUGAAACCAUCAAAGAUUAAACAUCUUUUGAGUCGAUAUGGCGAUAUAGGAAGAGCCUAUCUUGUACCAGAAGGUGGAAAAAAGCGUAAUUACUAUUACGAUGACUUAUGGAAUAUCAAAUAUUUACCUAAAUUCAAAUGGAAUCAUUUAACAGAGCAAAUAGCAUAUGAAAAUGUUAUGAGGACCAAACGACUUCAAGUCGAGAUUUCUCAAGGGCAUAGGGAAAAUAAAGAGUAUAUUAAAAAGGUCGAAAAAGCAAAAAUGUUUCAAAAUAUCGAAAGUAAGAAGCAACGUAAGACAACUGAAAAUGAUGAUGCGCAAGAUAUAACUUUUGUUGAAGUGAAUUACUGGGCACCUGCCCUCGAUAGUAAAGCUCGUCGUCGUAUGACAGAAUCAGAAGAAAGAACUGCUAAUAAAGAACUUAAUACCAUCAUUAACCUUGAGAAACCGAAAAGAAAUAACAGUCUUCCUGUUAUUGAUAGUACUGAUCCAAAUCAAACACCUUUUGUCUCCAAAACAAUUUCUAAUAGAGUUUCUAACCAUAGACAAAGUAAUGGACAAAGUAAUGGAAAUAUUAAUGGAAGUAAUGGAAUUGCAGUCAAUGGAUCAUCUGAACCAAAAAGAAUGACAAUUGUUAAAAGUCUCAAGAAUCUAUUAAAUGCAGAACAUAAAUCUGUUGAUCCGGAAUCCAUGUUUAUUAAAAAAUAUGGUGUAUGCGAAAAGGGUGUUAUUGGUAAAGGGGCGACUGCUGUAGUUCGUCUUGCUCAUAAAAACGAACAAACGAACAUAGAACAAACUUUUGCCGUUAAGGAAUAUUGUCCUGGUGGUGAUUUAUAUGCUGCAAUAAAAGCUGGUUAUAUGACUUCAGUUGAAAUAAAUUGUUGCUUCAAACAGCUUAUUAUGGGUGUAGGAUAUCUUCAUUCUAUGGGUGUUGCUCAUAGGGAUAUUAAACCAGAAAAUUUGUUACUUAAUGAAAGUGGUCAUUUGAAAAUCACAGAUUUUGGUGUUUCCGAUGUGUUUAAAACAGUUUGGGAAGGAUCAGCUCAUUUGUCUAAAGGUCUUUGUGGAUCUGAACCUUAUAUUGCCCCGGAACAAUUUGAAACAAAAGAAUAUGAUGCUCGUCUUGUUGAUGUUUGGGCUUGUGGUAUCGUUUAUUAUUGUAUGAUUUAUCAAGGUAUUCCAUUUAGAAUGGCAGCUUCAACUGAUCCAAAUUAUGCCAAUUAUGUCAAUUACUUGGAAACUAAAAACAGUGGUUUAUAUGAACCUUUUGAAAAACUUCCUCGUGGUUGUCGAGAUUUGCUAUAUAAAAUUCUUCAACCUGAUCCUAAAAAGCGUUACAAUAUUGAAAAAAUUAAAAAAGAUCCAUGGUUCAAGGAAAUUGAAUGUUUAGUAAUGGAAGAGAAACUAACUGAAACUGAACAAAGAGCUAUAUCAAACCUUCGUCAAAGAUCUUUAUUAUUUUGGUUGGAUAUGUGUCAAAAUAAACCAAAAAUGAUUGUAAAACUUUACGAAAAUACUGUUAUUCAAGGAAAAUUUAAUUCUGUUGAUACAUCUGAAAAUAAAUUUCGUUUCGAUAAAUGGAAAUCUCCUGUGGGAAUUUAUGAUCAUGUAGUAAUCCGUGGAACUGACAUUAAAGCUUUAGAAUUUGAUUAUAGACUUUACGAAAAUGCGAAAUAA